CGGGCGAGGCGGGGGCGGAGGCGGGGGCGGGGGCAGAGCGAGUGCAGGAGGUCGCUGCCGCGGGGACACGGUGCCCAACAUGGUCGCUGCGCACGCUGCCCAUUCUUCCUCCUCGGCCGAGUGGAUCGCCUGCCUGGAUAAAAGACCAUUAGAACGAUCCAGUGAAGAUGUGGACAUAAUCUUUGCACGGCUGAAAGAAGUUAAAGCUUUUGAGAAAUUUCACCCGAAUCUCCUUCAUCAGAUUUGCUUAUGUGGUUAUUAUGAGAAUCUGGAAAAAGGAAUAACAUUAUUUCGCCAGGGAGAUAUUGGAACAAACUGGUAUGCUGUCCUUGCUGGGUCUUUGGAUGUUAAAGUAUCUGAGACCAGUAGUUACCAAGAUGCAGUGACUAUCUGUACUCUGGGAAUCGGGACAGCCUUUGGAGAGUCCAUUCUGGACAACACACCCCGCCAUGCGACCAUUGUUACCAGGGAGAGCAGUGAACUGCUUCGCAUUGAGCAGAAGGACUUCAAGGCACUAUGGGAGAAAUAUCGACAGUACAUGGCAGGACUUCUGGCUCCUCCUUAUGGUGUUAUGGAAACGGGCUCUAACAAUGACAGGAUUCCUGACAAGGAGAAUACACCUCUCAUUGAAUCACACGUUCCUCUUCGUCCAGCUAACACCAUUACCAAGGUCCCAUCAGAGAAGAUCCUCAGGGCUGGAAAAAUUUUACGAAAUGCCAUUCUCUCUCGAGCACCUCAUAUGAUAAGAGAUAGAAAAUACCACCUAAAGACAUACAGACAAUGCUGUGUGGGAACGGAGCUGGUGGACUGGAUGACGCAACAGACGCCAUGUGUUCAUUCCAGGACUCAGGCAGUGGGCAUGUGGCAAGUCCUAGUAGAAGAUGGUGUUCUUAACCACGUGGACCAAGAGCACUAUUUCCAAGACAAAUAUUUAUUUUAUCGAUUUCUGGAUGACGAGCAUGAAGAUGCCCCCUUGCCUACUGAGGAGGAGAAGAAGGAGUGCGAUGAAGAGCUCCAGGACACUAUGCUGCUGUUGUCACAGAUGGGCCCCGACGCCCACAUGAGGAUGAUCCUCCGAAAACUACCUGGCCAGAGGACAGUAGAUGACCUAGAGAUUAUCUAUGAAGAGCUUCUUCACAUUAAAGCCUUAUCCCAUCUCUCCACCACCGUGAAGCGGGAAUUGGCUGGUGUUCUCAUUUUUGAAUCCCACGCCAAAGGAGGAACUGUGUUGUUUAACCAGGGGGAAGAAGGAACCUCCUGGUACAUUAUUCUAAAAGGAUCCGUGAAUGUAGUCAUUUAUGGCAAGGGUGUGGUCUGCACUCUGCACGAGGGAGAUGAUUUUGGCAAAUUAGCCCUGGUGAAUGAUUCCCCGAGAGCUGCCUCUAUCGUCUUACGAGAGGAUAACUGCCAUUUCUUAAGAGUAGACAAGGAGGACUUCAACCGGAUCCUGAGGGAUGUUGAAGCGAAUACAGUCAGACUUAAAGAACAUGACCAAGAUGUCUUGGUGCUGGAGAAGGUCCCAGCAGGGAACAGGGCUUCUAAUCAAGGAAACUCACAGCCUCAGCAAAAGUAUACUGUGAUGUCAGGAACACCAGAAAAAAUUUUAGAGCAUUUUCUAGAAACAAUACGCCUUGAGCCAGCUUUAAAUGAAGCCACAGAUUCCAUUUUAAAUGACUUUGUUAUGAUGCACUGUGUUUUUAUGCCAAAUACCCAGCUUUGCCCAGCCCUAGUGGCCCAUUACCAUGGACAGCCUUCACAAGGUACAGAACAGGAGAAAAUGGACUAUGCCCUCAACAACAAGCGGCGAGUCGUCCGCCUGGUUCUGCAGUGGGCCGCCAUGUCUGGAGAGCUCCUCCAAGAGGAUGAUGUGGCCGUGGCUUUCUUGGAGGAAUUUUAUGUGUCUGUGUCAGAUGAUGCCCGGAUGAUUGCUGCUCUCAAGGAGCAACUGCCUGGGUUGGAGAAGAUUGUCAAACAAAUUUCAGAAGAUGCAAAGGCUCCACAAAAGAAGCACAAAGUUCUUUUGCAACAGUUCAACACAGGUGAUGAGAGAUCCCAGAAGCGCCUGCCUGUGCGUGGCUCUGAUGAAGUUCUCUUUAAGGUGUAUUGCUUGGACCACACCUACACAACCAUUCGGGUGCCCGUGGCUGCCUCAGUGAAGGAAGUCAUCAGCGCGGUUGCCGACAAAUUGGGUUCCGGGGAAGGCCUGAUUAUAGUCAAGAUGAGUUCCGGAGGAGAAAAGGUGGUGCUCAAACCUAAUGAUGUUUCAGUAUUUACAACGCUCACCAUUAACGGACGCCUGUUUGCUUGCCCGCGAGAGCAAUUUGAUUCACUGACUCCCUUGCCAGAACAGGAAGGCCCAACUGUUGGAACAGUGGGAACUUUUGAACUGAUGAGUUCCAAAGACUUAGCAUACCAGAUGACAAUCUAUGAUUGGGAACUCUUCAACUGCGUGCAUGAGCUGGAGCUAAUCUAUCACACAUUUGGAAGGCAUAAUUUUAAGAAGACCACAGCUAACUUGGAUUUGUUCCUGAGGAGAUUUAAUGAAAUUCAGUUUUGGGUUGUCACUGAAAUCUGCCUUUGUUCUCAGCUCAGCAAACGUGUUCAGCUCUUAAAGAAAUUUAUUAAGAUAGCAGCCCACUGUAAGGAGUACAAAAAUCUGAAUUCUUUUUUUGCCAUCGUCAUGGGACUAAGUAAUGUUGCUGUGAGCCGCCUGGCAUUAACGUGGGAGAAACUGCCAAGCAAGUUCAAGAAGUUCUAUGCCGAGUUUGAAAGUUUAAUGGAUCCUUCAAGAAACCACAGGGCCUAUAGGUUGACGGUAGCUAAACUGGAGCCUCCUCUAAUCCCCUUCAUGCCUUUGCUCAUUAAAGAUAUGACAUUUACUCAUGAGGGGAACAAGACGUUUAUUGACAAUCUAGUAAACUUUGAAAAAAUGCGCAUGAUUGCAAACACUGCCAGAACAGUAAGAUACUGCAGGAGCCAGCCCUUCAAUCUUGAUGCAGCUCAAGCUAAUAAAAACCAUCAGGAUGUCCGGAGUUAUGUUCGGCAAUUAAAUGUGAUUGACAACCAGAGAACUUUAUCACAGAUGUCACAUAGAUUAGAGCCUCGCCGACCGUAGCUACUUAAAGUGCCAAAACAAUGGUUUGUCUCCAGUCCACAACCUUUCAAAAAUGCCAUUUCUGCUACUACUGACUGUAUUGUUACUAGAGAAUUCUUUAAGGCAAGCAAAACACAUCCUGAGACAUCUUAGGGCAGCAUUCAGCUUACCAGCAUCAUGACAAGAAAAGAAAUUACAGUAUUCGACUUGCGUCAAGCUUAAACUCUAGUUUAGGAAUGCCCACUUUGCAGUCAACCUAUUUUCACUUUCUAUUUGUGCCAUCUCCUUUGCUGAAACAUCAGAUAAGGUCCACAGAAGAGUGUGGCAGUGCCAUUGUCAAGAGAAAUAGCAAGUCCCUGACAUUUUUCCAAAGAGUAAUUGCUACAAGUGGGAUUUGUUUGGAUACAUCAGUAGAGAUACAGUUUCAUUUGUUUUUUUUAAUUUUUUUAAAUUUUUUAAAAUAUUUAUUUAUUUUCCUUUUUUUUUUUUUGCCUCUAGGGUAUUGCUGGGGCUUGGUGCCUGUACCACGAAUCCACUGCUCCUGGAGGCCUUUUUUUUUCCUUUUUUUUUUUUUUUUUUUGGUCACCCUGGUUGUUUUACCAUUGUUGUGGUUAUUAUUAUAAUGUGGUUGUUAUUGAUGUCAUUGUUGUUGGAUAGGACAGAGAGAAAUGGAGAGAGGAAGGGAAGACAGAGAGGGGGAGAGAAAGACAGACACCUGCAGACCUGCUUCACCACCUGUGAAGCGACUCCCCUGCAGGUGGGGAGCCGGGGGCUUGAACCGGGAUCCUUUCACUGGUCCUUACGCUUUGCGCCACGUGCGUUUAACCCACUGCACUACUGCCCAACCCCCUUAUUUUCCCUUUUGUUGCCCUUGUUUUUUAUUGUUGUUGUAGUCAUUGUUAUUGUUGUUAUUGAUGUCUUUGUUGUUGGAUGAGACAGAAAUGGAGAGAGAAGGGGAAUACAGGAAGGGGGAGAGAAAGAGAGAUACCUGCAGACCUGCUUCACCACCUGUGAAGUGACUCCCCUGCCAGGGGCUCGAACCAGGAUCCUUACUCCGGUCCUUGCACUUCGCGCCAUGACAGUUUCAUAAUUUUUAACUCAGCAUCUUUAGAUUGAAAGGUUGGGGUCUGAGGAAGGUGUUUAAGAAUCCACUUAAAUCCAAACUCUAGGCUUCAUUCUUCCGUCUUCAUAGUCUUAAACCUCUCAAGGAAUUGAACCUGACCACAUUAUUAUAAAGUAAUGUGGCUAUCAGGGAGGCUUGGUCUGUGAUUUCAGAAUGAUAUAUAAAAUAAUAUUUAUGUUUACAAUGUAACUUUUUAAACUUACAAAUCAGGAUUACUUACAUAAGAAUUCCACUAAGAAGCUCCAAGGUCCUUAAAAUUGCCAGCAUUAAGAAAAAAAAAAUUCAAAAGAGCACAAACAUGCACAAAACAUUUUUCAAAGUUAAAAUAUUUUCCUGGGCAUUAAAAUCUUUGCUAUUGGCUAACUAUUGUUACUGAUUGGAAAAAAAAACACAUUUUCUGGACUUAAAUGUUAUUACAAACAUCUUAAUUAUCAGCAAUUGUUUUGCACUUUCAAAUAGUUUGUAAAUAGUUGAUUCAAUCAAUGGUAUAGAGUUAUUUAUUUGCUGCAUAAUAGACCUUGUGCCAAAUAAUUACUUUUUAUUUAUUUUAUCUAGUAUAUAAUUUUGGAAUACAGUUUUCUUUCUGUUUUCCUAACUAGGGUAUCUUUAAUGUGUAGGAAAUGUAUGUAUAUAUUAUCUCCUGUAAAUAAUAUCUAGUCUCUUCAUUAAAUUUUAUUGUUGACAAGAAAUAGUUGUGCUGUUGUCAAUUCCUAUAAUAUGAGAAAGUUCUAGUUUUUUUUUUUUUAAACUGAAAUAAAAUUUGCACACCACAAAA